AUGGGGUUUGAUGGGCCGCUCUCUGCACAGGAGCAGAUGUACAUCCUGUAUGAAAUCAAAAUGCAGUGCUACCAGAAUCUCUCCAACACUGAACCAGGAAUCACAGAUGAGGUGUGCCCUCCAGACUGGGACGGUCUGAUUUGUUGGCCCCACGGCUCCCCCGGGCUCAUUACCAAGGUCCCCUGCCCAUCGUACAUCUAUGACUUCAAUCACCAAGGACAUGCUUACAGGAAGUGUGACAUCAACGGUUCCUGGGUCUUUGUGGAGCAGUGGAACAAAACAUGGACCAAUUACUCAGAGUGUUUACGCUUUCUCCAGCCCUUCAGUGACGAAGAUGGGAGACAAGACUUCUUUGAGCGGCUGUACGUCAUGUAUACCAUUGGCUAUGCCGUGUCCUUCAGCUCUCUGCUAGUGGCCAUCAUGAUCAUUGGAUACUUCCGGCGUCUUCACUGCACCAGAAACUACAUCCACAUGCACCUCUUUGUUUCCUUCAUGCUACGAGCAGUCAGCAUCUUCGUGAAGGACAAAGUUGUGUAUUCCAGGGCGGGAUUGCAGGACUUGGACUCUGCUCUGCUCGACAGCUUAAAAACUGUUAGCAUAGCAUCACUGGACAAGUCGCAGUAUAUUGGCUGCAAGGUGACUGUGCUGCUCUUCAUCUACUUUCUGGCUACCAAUUACUACUGGAUUCUGGUAGAAGGCCUUUACCUCCACAGUCUCAUCUUCAUGGCCUUCCGAUCAGAUUCCAAAUACCUCUGGGGUUUGAUACUCAUCGGAUGGGGUGUUCCAGCUGUUUUUGUGGCAGUGUGGGCGAUCGUCAGGGCAACAGUGGCAGAUGCAAGGUGCUGGGAGUUGAGCGCUGGGAACAUCAAAUGGAUCUACCAGGUUCCCAUCUUGACAGCGAUUGGGCUCAACUUUAUUUUGUUUGUGAACAUCGUGCGAGUUCUGGCCACUAAAAUACGAGAGACGAACGCAGGGCGAUACGACACCAGGAAACAGUACAGGAAACUGGCAAAGUCCACUCUUGUGCUCGUGCUGGUGUUCGGCAUCCACUACAUCAUCUUCGUUGGGAUGCCUCAUACAUAUCAGGGACCAAGCUGGGAAAUCCGAAUGUACUGUGAGCUGUUUUUCAACUCAUUUCAGGGCUUCUUUGUGUCAAUUAUCUAUUGCUACUGCAAUGGAGAGGUCCAGACAGAGAUAAAGAAAACAUGGACACGGUGGAAUCUUUCCUUUGAGUGGGAGGGUCCAGUUGUGUGCGGCCGCUACCGUUAUGGAUCUGUGGUCGUAGGUCUGAACAACAAUAGCACCAGCAGCCAGUCCCACCUGGCUGGUGCUGGGCCGUCCACACGCUCCACCACGCUCGUUUCCAGCCGCGUUUACCGGAGCACAGGUCCAACCGCGAUCAGCAUGCGUGCCACCCUGCCAGGAUACGUAAUCAGUAACUCGGAUCCAUCCAUACCCGAGGAGCCUGAGGACAGCGGUCCCAAGCGGGUGGAUGAUAUCUCACUGAGGGAAAAUCUGCCUGUUCUAAAUAUGAGCGGAACGGCUGAUGAUGAGGAGGAAACGCUGUAGCAGACAUCAGACCGUUUACUCCUGUGUUAUUCAAACUCUGAAGAGGGAUGCAAAGACAAACCAAAAGUGUCACUCUGCAGACAAGAAGAGGAAAAAAUGUC